AUGGACGCAAAGGAAUUUGUUCAGCGCUUUCCAAAGUCGGCCCUCAGCGCCAAGCUUGUCUUGUCUCUGGAAAGCACAGAGCAACGGGAUUGCGUUGUGUCGCUCAUUGAUGACGCCGUUUACUGUGACUCCUGGGAGGCGUACUUUGACUUUGCCGAGCGCAAUAAUGUUGCCAUUACGGAGGAUGUGGCGCUGGCUGCCGUGCAGGCAGUCGGAUUGGAUCCACUCAGCGCCCCUUUGUGGGUGAGGGCUGCGGCCUGCUGCGAAUCAGUGGAGUCGCGAAAGAGCCUGUAUGAGUUUGGCCUCUCGGUUCCGUUACAUGGCUGGCAGCGCCUCUUCGAGGAAUAUCGCCGCUGCACUAACGGCCAUGAGGACGAUCACGCGCUUUCCGAAACCGAAUGCUGGUGUGUAUCCAAUGUGUUGACAGCGGAGAAGUGGCCAGACCGUUACGCCAAGCUGGACACGGACGCUGAGGCCGAGGAGGUCCGACAAGCUUGGCUUGAGCUUUUUUCUUGUAUGCUGACGGGUCUGGCCGCCACGGUGAUUGCCAGAGACCUACAGUUGCGGCGGAUUGAGCUAGCAAUGCGUCAAAUGUGCAGUCAGUUGCCAGGGGAUGACUCAUGCUGGUACCAACUUGCUCUCUUUCAACUUCGAAUCUUGGAGGACGCCGAGGCGGCGAGGAGGACUGUUGCGAGCGGGAUAGCAGCAGCAGGGCCAUCGUUCGCCUUGGAAAAUAUUGCUUCCGUCGUGGAUGGUGUUGUGGGUGUCAGUGACAGCAGUAGCACCUCGAGCGCUGAUGCGCUCAGUGCAACAAAGGCGUUGAUGCAGCAGCGCCGUGCUGCGGAGGAAUUGGCGUCAGAUGGGGUUACAAAAGACCGGGUGCGUGCUUUGCGCUCGGUAGGAAAGGCCGCUGCUCAACAGGGGCUUGGCGAUUGGAAGGUUUUCUCGCAGUGGCGGUGCGCGGAGGACAUGGCAGUCCACGACACCAAAAUGGCUGCCAAGGUGCUGGAGAACGGCAUGAUCUGUUGCUCGCACUCCCCCACUGAUGCCCUCCUGUUGGGUAGCGAGGCGGCACAGUACCACCUCUUGCAGCGUCACGAGCGCGAAGCGCUGGGCUACGCGGAGCAGCAGAUUGAGCAACAGGCCGGGCUGCAUCACCGCGGCAAAAUCAUGGCGUCGUGGAACAGCCUUGUGCGUAUUGAGAGCCUCCUUGGUCUGAGUUUUUCGAAGGCGGCAAAGCGGCGUGCAGAGCUGUUUCCGCAGAAUCGCAUUUCCACGUUCAUGGAGAACUGCAGGGUCGGCGACUACUUGCCGUGCGACAAGAGUACCUUCCAGUGGGUCCGCUUCGUGGAGGACUAUCAGGUGGACAAGGCAUCCGUUGAGGAAACACCUUUUCAUGGAAUCGCCCCCCCUCGGAACAAGGCGGUGGCGGUAAAGCGUGGGCAGCAGGUGGAAUGCGAAACACCUGACGACUCGCAGUGGGAGCCUUUUGUGCCGCCGCCCAGCUGCUUGCCUUCUCGCGAGGAAGAGAAUCCUGAUGAUGUCACCGGAGUCCGAGAACUGCGCGGAAAGCUCGUAUAUCGCGUGAAGGUGGACUCGCGCACAGCGGCACGGUGCCAGAGAGAGAAAGCAACGAGGCAGCGCUCCAAGACGGGAGAGAAAGCCAUCGAGCGCGGCGGUGCUCUCGGGGCGCUGAUGCGACGUGUGUGUUCAGUGAAUCUUACGGCUGGCCAGACGAAGCGGUUGCAGUCGGUCUCCGCAGAUUGGGUUGUUCACGUGCUGACCGUUUCAGAGCUCGAUUUGGAGCGGACGCUCAAGGAACGCGCUGAGCGACAGGAGAGUCAUGACAUGUCUGUGUAA